CGUUGAGAACACGGGAAAAAGAAAAAAGAAAAAAGAAAAAAGAAAAGAAAGAAAAGAAAGAAAGAAUUGAUGCAUCGAUGGUUUGAUAGAAAUAGAAAAGCGAAGGAAAAGAAAAGGAAGAAAAUCGAUCGAGAGAGAGAGAGAGCGCGCGCUUAAAGUUUCAACACCAACAGAACGGGUCAUCAAAAUCAUGAAGACAAAGUGCUCUUUUCUUCUUCACUCUCUUCUUCUCCGACAUCUCCGCUUCUUCUCUUUCUUUAGCCUUACCUCUUCAAUUCUUACCUUACGAGGAAAUUCUUGAAUUCCUUGGUAAUGUGUGGAGCAUAAGAAUCUGCUUCAUCUGUCAAAUGAGUGCCUAAGCCAAAGGGUGCAUCUUCAGUAACUUAUGAAAUCAAAUGCAUAUAUUUAAGAGUGCAGGGCUGUGAGCCUGUGACAAGAGGGCUCUGUCUCCCACAAAAUUUGAAAUAAUUGUCAAGUGAAACAUAUGGAGUCUACAGGGUGUUGGUUCAAUAGGUUAAAGUCAAAGGAUAAGCUGAAGUCUGCGAAAAAGAAAGAUACUGCAGGCAAUGAGAAAGAGGGAUCAAAAGCCCCAAACAGUGAAGAAGCACCAUCAAAUGUAACAAGGCAGAAGGUUGCCGCUGCAAAGCAGUAUAUUGAGAACCAUUAUAAGAAGCAAAUGAAGGACCUGCAAGAGAGGAAGGAGCGACGUAAUGUACUGGAGAAGAAGCUAGCUGAUGCUGAGGUCUCUGAGGAAGAACAAGAUAGCUUACUUAAGUAUUUAGAGAAGAAGGAAACUGAAUACAUGCGCCUUCAAAGGCAUAAAAUGGGUGCAGAUGAUUUUGAGCCAUUGACAAUGAUAGGCAAGGGUGCAUUUGGGGAGGUUAGAAUCUGUAGGGAAAAGUCAACAGGUCAUGUGUAUGCUAUGAAAAAGCUUAAGAAAUCAGAGAUGCUUCGUCGAGGACAGGUUGAACAUGUGAAAGCAGAAAGGAAUCUACUUGCGGAGGUUGAUAGCAAUUGCAUUGUCAAACUGUAUUGGUCUUUCCAAGAUGAAGAGUAUCUGUAUCUAAUCAUGGAGUAUCUACCUGGUGGAGAUAUGAUGACUUUAUUGAUGCGCAAGGACACGCUAACUGAAGAUGAGGCCAGGUUUUAUGUUGGGGAAACUGUCCUGGCUAUUGAAUCUAUCCAUACACAUAAUUAUAUUCAUAGAGAUAUUAAGCCUGACAACUUGCUACUUGAUAGAAAUGGUCACAUGAAAUUAUCAGAUUUUGGACUAUGUAAACCAUUAGAUUGCAGUAAUCUCCAAGAAAAGGAUUUUUCUGUGGCAAACAAUCUUAGUGGAGCUCUUCAAAGUAAUGAAUGCCCUGCAGCACCAAAACGUACUCAACAGGAACAAUUGCAACACUGGCAGAGGAACAGGAGGAUGCUUGCUUAUUCCACUGUUGGAACUCCUGACUACAUUGCCCCAGAGGUCUUGAUGAAGAAAGGAUAUGGAAUGGAAUGUGAUUGGUGGUCCAUUGGUGCUAUUAUGUAUGAAAUGCUUGUGGGGUACCCGCCGUUUUACUCAGACGAUCCCAUGUCAACUUGUAGGAAGAUAGUAAAUUGGAGAAAUCAUUUAAAGUUUCCAGAAGAAGCAAAGUUAUCUCCUGAGGCGAAAGACCUUAUUAGCAAACUCUUAUGUAAUGUUGACCAGAGGCUUGGAACAAAAGGCAUGGAUGAAAUAAAGGCUCACCCAUGGUUUGAAGGUAUUGAGUGGGACAAAUUAUAUCAAAUGAAAGCUGCGUUUAUUCCUGAGGUCAAUGAUGAAUUGGAUACUCAAAAUUUUGAGAAGUUUGAAGAGGCUGAUGACCAAAUUCAAACUUCAGCAAAAUCUGGUCCCUGGAGAAAGAUGCUUUCAUCUAAAGAUAUUAACUUCGUUGGCUAUACAUACAAGAACUUUGAAAUUGUAAAUGAUGAUCAGUUACCUGGAAUCGCUGAAUUAAAGAAAAGGAGCACAAAAUCUAAGAGACCCUCCGUCAAGUCGCUUUUUGAAGAUGAGUCAGCCGAGGCUCCCAAUCAACCUGUUAAAGGGAGCUUCCUAAGCCUCUUGCCUCCCAAACCAGAUGCUUCGGAGCAAUCAUGUAAAUCCAAGUGCGUCAUUUAUAUCGUGGAAAAUGGAGAAAAAGAGCAAAAGACUCCCCUCCCCUCUCGCCCUAGGACGGAACUUUAAGGAUCCUCAGCCAUCGUUGUUUGCAUGCUUAAGCCACUGGAAAGAGGUCGGAUCACAGUCAUCAAAUUCAAUCACAAACUAAGAACCAAACCA